GUAGGAAUAUGUUUGGGGGCCCACGUCUAGUUCCCCAGAGGAGGCCCCUGUACAGCAGAAUCAACAAGGAAAAUUUUCAUUCCCAUGGGAACGUGACGGAAGGAGGAAGGAGCCUUAGUCUGUUUGCUAGAGAAACAUGACCUAUGUAUUAUUCCUGAAAGGUCAAGGGGGCUUGGGGUUGCUGAAUGGAGAAUCCAUGAGUAUAUAUACGUGUGUGUUUGUUGUUCACUCAGCACCACAGGCUGGCUAAGUUCAAUUGUGAGUCUAUUGGGAUUUCCUUUCAGACUUCAAGAAUCUGAGAAGUUUCUGCCAGAGAUACCAGUCAUGAAGCUGGGACAUGUCUUUCUGUUUGUAACUUUUGCUGUCUGCAGUUACUCUGCUACUGCUUUUUUCAUCAACAGUGGGUCUCUUCCCAUCAACAAUUUCAUGCCCCUGGACAUGAUCCUCUCCAUUAUUGACCCACUGAAAAUGGUCUUGAAAACACUGGGCAUCUCUGUGGAGCACUUGGUUGAAGGGCUGAAGAAAUGUGUGGAUGACCUGGGGCCUCAGGCUUCCGAAGCUGUGAAAAAACUUCUGGAGGCUUUGUCCCACCUGGUGUGAUUUCAGGAUGAUGGACAAUAUAAGUAGCUGCAUGCUUCAGGACCUCCCUUAUCUUCCUCUUAUCAUUUUAAUGUUUUAAUGCCUGACUCCAGGCAUCCUGAAUUGUAUCAAUAAAGCACAUAGACAGUU